AUGACCAUGACAUUCUGCACAGGCGCACCAAAGCUUACAUCGACAUACAGUGUUCAUGCAAUCACCUCCCGUCUCAACCCAGUCAACAAUAUACCAGAAGCAACGCCUCCAGGUAGCAGACCAGAACCACCAUCAGGUUUGGAAGUGCUAGAGACAGAAAACUUUCGCAUGCAGUGCUUCACCACCAUGACAGGCACAAAGUUUCUCCUCUUCACCGACACAACACAGGCAAACGUUGAUGUCACCAUCCGAAAGAUCUACGAUCUCUACUCGGAUUAUGUCAUGAAGAACCCUUUUUAUUCUCUCGAGAUGCCUAUCCGCUGCGACAUCUUUGACCGGAAACUACUAUCAUACAUCAGGGAGAUCAACAACCGAUAG